CUCGGGGGCGGACUCCGGGCGCAGCCUUCGCGUCCGGAUCGCGGUGACAAGCGCCUCCGGGGCCAGGAGCUGGGCUGUCUGGCGCAGGGAGAGUGAGGACACGGUGCUGGGCUGCUGCGGGACCCGGGGCGUCGCGAUGAACAUCGUAGUGGAGUUCUUCGUGGUCACUUUCAAAGUGCUGUGGGCGUUCGUGCUGGCCGCGGCGCGCUGGCUGGUGCGGCCCAAGGAGAAGAGCGUGGCCGGCCAGGUGUGCCUCAUCACGGGCGCGGGCAGCGGCCUGGGCCGCCUCUUUGCUCUCGAGUUCGCCCGGCGCCGGGCGCUGCUGGUUCUCUGGGACAUCAACACGCAGAGCAAUGAGGAGACCGCAGGCAUGGUUCGCCACAUCUACCGGGACCUGGAGGCGGCCGACGCUGCUGCUCUGCAAGCUGGAAAAGGUGAGGAGGAAAUCCUGCCCCCGUGUAACUUACAGGUUUUUACCUACACUUGUGACGUGGGGAAGAGAGAGAAUGUCUACCUGACAGCUGAAAGGGUCCGCAAGGAGGUUGGCGAGGUCUCGGUCCUGGUCAAUAAUGCUGGUGUGGUUUCUGGACAUCACCUUCUGGAAUGUCCUGAUGAGCUCAUUGAAAGAACCAUGAUGGUCAACUGCCACGCACACUUCUGGACCACUAAGGCCUUUCUUCCAACGAUGCUAGAGAUUAAUCAUGGCCACAUUGUGACGGUCGCGAGCUCCCUGGGACUGUUCAGCACUGCUGGAGUUGAGGAUUACUGUGCCAGUAAAUUUGGAGUUGUGGGUUUUCACGAGUCUCUGAGCCAUGAGCUAAAGGCUGCUGAAAAGGAUGGAAUUAAAACAACUCUGGUUUGCCCUUACCUUGUAGACACGGGCAUGUUCAGAGGCUGCCGAAUCAGAAAAGAAAUUGAGCCCUUUUUGCCCCCCUUGAAGCCUGAUUACUGUGUGAAGCAGGCUAUGAGGGCCAUCCUCACUGACCAGCCCAUGGUCUGCACCCCCCGCCUCAUGUACAUCGUGACAUUCAUGAAGAGCAUCCUUCCUUUUGAAGCCGUCGUGUGCAUGUAUCGAUUUCUAGGAGCGGACAAGUGUAUGUAUCCCUUUAUUGCUCAAAGAAAACAAGCCACAAACAACAAUGAAGCAAAAAAUGGAAUCUAAGAGUGUUUUUGUACGGAGUGCCGUUUCUAUCAGGAUAGGUGGUCCGUGCGCAUCAAUCAGUACUGACGGUCUGGAUUCUAACCCCAUGCCGACUCUUUUUUUUUUUUUCUAAUCAACUUUUUAAAAAAUAAAGUGUAAAUUAACUGACUAGUGUGCUUGAAAACUGUGAGCUUGGGUUUUUGCCAAUGGGGUCUUUUCUAGACAGGGCCCUAAAAAUGAGUCCAAUAUUUAGACAAACACUAUGUUACAUCAUUAUUUUUUUAAUGAACAUAAAGUCUAGAAAUGAUGACUACAGUGUGUUUCACGUGGGUCCCCACAGAAUUGAUUCAUUCAUUAUCGUGGAAGCCCAGCCAGCAUUCAAGGACCGACAGUGUAGUGCUCUGUUGUGUUCUCGGUUCUUCUCCUGCAAGCCUGGGUGGCUUGCUUAUGGUGUCUGUGGAUUUUUUGAUGUCAGUUUGAGAUCAGCGUAGUCUGAGCAUCACAAUGAAGGCCACCAGUCUCUUUCUUAAACUUACAGUGACUAAAUAUUGGGUGAUUUUCAAAUUCAGUCUCUGAAAUACUAAAUUAAAUGUUUAGAGACCUGGUUAAUCCACGUUUGUACAUUUUCUACCUGUGAAUCUUGCUGCAUAUAGAAAGUGCCCUUUCCUCACGGAGCUGCAAACUUGUGUUAGGGGAGGAAGUGGGGGAUCUUGUCUACAGGACACAGCAGCUCCACAGAGAUAAUGGGAAUUUCUGAUUAAAAAGUCCCCGUACUUGUGCCAACUUUAAUUAGCUUGGGGAGCAAAUCUUAUAUGGAGUGUUGUGGAAGGGUGGAAAGAUUUCUUUGAAAAGUUUAUUCACAUUGUAGAACAGCAAAUGACAUUUUUACAGUAUUUUUUUGUAAAGCAAACUAUUUUGUGCCUUGAAUUUGGUAUAUGUGUAUUAGUGAAACAUUGUAAAAGUGAAUUUCUACCUCUGUAUCUAUGUGUACCAUCCUCUUGUAAAUUACUAUGAACUACUAUGUGAUUGCUUCUGUUUGUUCGUUCUAGGAUGUCUUUUUUAAAUAGUGACCAAUGUUUAAGGCUGUUAAAAUAAGCCAACUUUUACAAAUCGGGAUGUUUUCUAAAGAACUGAUUAAAUACGUACAUAACUGA